UGUUGGUAUCUGCCUCUUGCAAUCACACAACCAAGAACACUCCUGAGAGGAGCUUUUAAGUGACUGUGGAUGACGGGAAACCUCAGUUAGAACGAGCAUUAGAAAGAAGCCUAAAAGGAUCAACAUGGCUGAGGCUCUCUAUGAAACUGCCGAUGUUUUCACUGGGCCAGACGAAGGAAACAGUGGCUAUGAAUCUCCUGAUAAUGUCAGUGAAAUUCAGAACUACGCUAAAUCGAGCACAAAGGAGUCAAAAAUGAAGGCUAAGAAGCACCUGGACCAGAUGGAGAAUGUGACACUGAAUAUUGCCGUGACUGGGGAAAGUGGGGUGGGAAAGUCCACCUUUGUUAAUGCAAUAAGAGGUCUUAAAGAUGGAGAGCCAGGAGCAGCAGAAACUGGAGUGACAGAGACCACCUUGAGAGCAGUUCGAUACACUCACCCCACCAUGCCCAAUGUUUACAUCUGGGACCUGCCGGGAAUCGGAACCCCCAACUUCAAAGCCAAAAGGUAUCUGAAAGAACUCCAGUUUGACAACUUUGACUUCUUCAUUAUCAUUGGCUCUAACAGAUUCAAAGAGAAUGACAUCAUGUUGGCCAAAGAGAUCCAGAAAAUGAAGAAAACAUUUUAUUUUGUUCGAUCAAAGGUUGACAAUGACAUCCAGGCUGAAUCUCGUAAAAAGAACUUCAACGAAGAGCAAGUUCUGCAAAAAAUCAAACAAAGCUGCAGAGAAAACCUGGCACCUGUUGGGCAUCCCAAAGUGUUCCUCAUCUCUACAUUUGAUCUGGGAAAGUAUGAUUUCAACAAGCUGCUUGAGUCCUUGAAGGACAACCUGUCAGACCACAAGUGGCUGGCUUUGAUCAACUCUCUGCCUGUAUGCUCUGUGGGCAUGAUCGAAAAGAAAAAAAAGCUACUUAAUAACGUUGCUAUUGCUGCUGCAGCAGCUGCAGCACCCAGUGCAGGCGUCUUUCUUCCAGGCUUUUCAGUGGGUUGUGAGAUUGGCAUUAUGCUCAAGUUCUUCCAGACAGCACAUGUGUCCUUUGGGCUGGAUGACAGAUCCAUUCAUAAUUUGGCAGAACGGAUUAACAAGCCAGAAGUUCAGCUGAAAUCGGCGAUGAAAUCUCACUUUGUCCAUGGAGUUAGUGACUCAAUGGUGGCCGCUAUGUUUCGCACCAAAGGCAUGACAGCAGCAAAAACUCUUGAAACUGUGUUUUCUGGCUUACCUGGCAUGGCCAUUGCAUUUGGCACCACUCUUUUCCUUCUGCGACAAGGAAUAAAGGAAAUGGCUGAGGAUGCCAAAGCAGUUCUGGCUGCAGCAGAUUUGUGAAGAAAUCAAGGUAGAAUCACAAAAUCCAGCAAUAUGUAUUGCCAACAAAGUUGAAAAAAGAUACCUUUACCUAAAAAUUACCUACCUGCAGCCUGAACAUGGAAAUUACGAAAAUAAUUUGAAUCUAAACAUUUGAAUCUGUGUUGCCUGGUGUGUUGCACAAGGUUAUCAUAACAUUAGCAACACUGUGCUUGUCUUACUAGCUGCUCCAGUCAUCAUCUGCAAACUAGUUCAUCAAGCUGGUGAGCAUCAUUAAAGAUAUCUUUCACUUAAUACAAGAGUUUUAACAUUAAACGGCUAAGAACACUGACUGAACAGCCAGCGUCCAGUGAUUUGAAUUGGGAAGGCCGUUAAUCUAAUUCAUUCAAGUUCUUGUUGCAAACUUACACCCUCUACUGGUUGCAUUAACAAUAUUUUGAGUCACCAUUCAUGUCGCCAAAGGAAUUCUUUGUGAUAAUUGAAUGAAAAUCACUCAGAGAUGGAACUUUUGUGAAACAGUUACUUUGCUAUAGUAUAGACUCACAAGUUAUGGACAGCCAACACCCCAGGAGGAGAAAAUGUCUCUCCUGAAGGAGGGACACUGAUGGAUCUUUUUGAUAAUGUAAUUUUAACACAUAACACGUCGUGGAUGUUGUAACCUUCUCCUGUGCUUGUGUGCUAAACCCACCACUUUGGAACGUGUGAUGGUGAUAUCAUUUGCACUUCCUUUGUAGUCUAUUUGGGAAAUCUGCUCAUAAGAACUAUUUCUUUCUUUUAUAUCAGUUAAUAAUUUUUUUAGCACUGAUUUAGUUGCCAGUAUCACUGAAAAUGGAGUUGACAUGGCGUUUUGUUUUGUCAAGCCUGUAAUGUACACUACAUCCAGUUAACUGUUAACCAGUGUUGUGACCUGAGCGUCAUUAUUAAGUACAAUGAAGCUCAGUUCUCUGUUGAACCCUCUGUUUUGUUUUGUUUUGUUAAACAUUAGAUCACUUGUUUUUGCCUCCUGUUUAAAUCCAUGAACAAGUUGUGAUAAUGUGUUGUGGGCAUGGAGAAACGUGCUUCAUCAAUUUGAACAUUUGUUUAACAAAAAAUCACAAAAUAAGUAACUAUCAGACUUUAUGUGCCGCUUAAGUUUUCCCGAUCCUUAUUAUAAUAAUACCUGAUGGACACUACUAGGGCACUUUUUGUAGACUUUAACAAGUAUCCAAUGGCUGUUUAACUUAUUUCAGACUCAUCUUAAUUGUUAUAAACAAAACAUCAGUUAUUCUGUAACACAUGAUAAAAUGUUUUAAGGGACACACAACUGUGACGCAAUAUUUGUCCAUUUCCAUAACUGUCCAAAUAUCAACUGUAGAAGUAAUAUUGGACCAAUACCAUUUCAUUUUUUAGAACUGACAUCAGCUCAUCCCAACUCUGCCAAAAUAUCAGUGCAUCCCUGCUUUCUAUACAAUAAAGAGUAAUUAAUACAUUAUGUUUUAGAUGAGAUAGGUUAUUUGUUCCUGGUGAAUUAAAUGCUGUCCUCACAGGGAAAUACGUGUGGGCUUUUUGGUUGGUGCUCGGUAAACCCAGUUAAAGAUGGGAAUUUUCUAAUGUAUUAUUAUUCUUGAGCUCUAUUUGAUGAUGAGGAUAGACAC